AUGCCGAAACGGGUUUCAGGCUCAUACUAUGCUUCUGCUGCCGAUACCUUAGCUCCAGCUCAAUCACUCAGAAAUGGCAGCACCUUGGUUUCUCCUGGUCAAAUAUUCGAACUAGGCUUCUUUUCACCUGGUGAAUCCAAAAAAUAUUACUUGGGAAUAUGGUAUAAAAGGCUUACUGAUACUGUUGUAUGGGUUGGUAAUAGAGAAAAUCCAGUUAUAGAUUCACACGCAUUUCUUAAUAUUUCCAGCACUGGUUAUCUUCUUAUCUUUGAUGGCCAAAACACUAUGAUUUGGUCCCCUAAUUCAUCUAGAUCAGCAAACAAUCCGGUUGCUCAAUUGUUGGAUUCGGGUAAUUUGGUUGUUAAAGAUGGGGAUACCGAUGAAGAUACAGAAAGCUACUUGUGGGAAAGUUCUGAUUUUCCAUCGGAUACUAAAUUGGCAGGGAUGAAGCUAGGAAGGAACUUGAAAACCGGCUUUCUUCUUCGUGACGGGAUGAAGGAGAGGUUUCGAGUUGGUCCAUGGAAUGGAAUUAGCUUUAGUGGUCUUCCGGUACAGGUAAGCCCUCUUAUUGUUCACGUUGUUGUUGCUAAUACAGAGGAGGUUUACCAUACGUAUGAAGUGACGGACAAAUCUGUUAUCACGAGAUUUACAUUGAACGAAUCCGGUUUGCUUGAACGCCUCGUGUUGUAUGAGAACACCAGUGAAUGGACCAACUUGUUUACACUGCAGAAUGAUAUGUGUGAUGAUUAUGCACGGUGCGGCCCUAAUGGAGUCUGUAAGAUUAAUCAAAGGCCAAUCUGUGAAUGCUUGGAAGGAUUUGUUCCGAGAUCGGAACGCGAGUGGCGAGUACUCAAUUGGACAGGUGGAUGUGUAAGGAGCACUCCAUUAGACUGCCGGAAGAGACAGGGAUUCCUGCAAAUUGAGAAUGUGAAAUUUCCAGACCUAUUGGACUUCAAGUUAGACGAAAGGUUGAACCUUGAGUACUGCAGGGCCGAGUGCUUGAAGAAUUGUUCGUGUACAGCAUAUGCUAAAUCGAACCACAACGAAAGUGGAUGUUUAAUGUGGUUCGGAGCACUUGUAGAUAUCCGAGAGUUCGUUGCAGAACAAUUCGAGCAAAAUAUCUAUGUCCGGUUGCCUGCUUCAGAAUUAGGUAAGUAUAAAAAAUUAUAA